GCCGAUCGGGUACAAACAAUAAGUGCAAAGCAAACAGGUCUGCGGAGCACAGGACAACAAUGUACAUUUUGAAUCCUUUCAUUCUUUCGAUCGUCGUUUCAAGUUUGGCUGCUUUUUUACUUUUUUUAAUCCGUCCGACAUAUUCUUGCGCCAAGGACAGUUAUUUUGAUUUGUCUCGCUUUUUAUUUAUUGUUUAUAAAGCCGCCAGAAGUAUUUUGUUUGCGGGAGAAUGGGUUUCAACUCAAAUGCUGUCGAUGAACUAACCAAGAAAUUGGAAGAUGCGCUCAUUCUUGGCAAGUUUCAGGAAAGCAAAUCUGUUGGCGGGGGUUGCACGCAUCCCCACAGUGAUACUGGCAAUGCGGCCGACAAUUCAGUGGCUGUCGUUCCUGCCAGUGGUGGCGAUCAUGAGAGUGCCCAAGAGGAAUUCAGUGAUGUAGAGUCUUUUUCGUCGAGCUCAGGGGAGGAUUCGGACGACGACAUUACAAUGUACAGGGGGCCGCCGCCGCCGCUCACUGUCUACAGGCCAUUUUUACCCGAGGGCACGAAGUCGCUAUUUCCGAGCGAGGUUUUAUCGCUGGAUGCGAUUGCAGACAUGAUAAAGUCGGGGACAGCAAGGAAUAUCAUAGUCAUGGCGGGUGCUGGGAUAUCCACCGAUGCUGGAAUUCCUGACUUUCGUUCGCCAGAAACCGGGCUGUAUGACAACCUACAAUCAUACAAGCUCCCGUACCCAGAAGCCAUCUUUUCCAUCGACUACUUCCGGAAACAGCCAAAGCCGUUCUAUGUGCUGGCAAAGGAGCUUUAUCCGGGUCAGUUUGUGCCCACAAAGAGCCACUUUUUUGUCAAGCUGCUUGAAAAAAAGGGGCUGCUCCGGCGACACUACACUCAGAACAUCGACUGCCUUGAGCGUGUUGCUGGAAUAGAUCCCGGGCUAAUUGUCGAGGCGCACGGAUCCUUCCAUACGGCCCAUUGCAUUGGCCGCAAGUGCCUCAAGGAAUACUCGCAGGCCUGGGUCAAGGAAAAGAUAUUCCAGGACGAGAUUCCGCGUUGCAGCGUUUGCAACUCGCUGGUCAAGCCCGACAUCACGUUUUUUGGCGAGGGCCUGCCUCCGCGCUUUUUUGAGCUGCUUGAAAACGACUUUGGUAGCUGCGAUUUGCUGGUCGUCAUGGGCACGUCUUUGCUGGUCCAGCCGUUUGCAUCGCUCAUCAACGACGUCGCUGACAGCGUGCCGCGUCUUCUGAUAAAUCGCGUGCGGGUAGGCGAGGCUAGUGCGCCUGGUACCGGAUUUGACUUUGACGGAAAGCACGUUGGGCACACGCACCGCGACGCGUUGGUGUUGGGCGACUGCGACGCGGCCUGUGUGCUGCUUGCCGAGCGGCUUGGUUGGACAGACGAGCUGGCCGAGCUUCGCAAUGCGUUUUUGGAAGAGACAAACAGCCUAGGCCAGGAUCAAUAAAUGAAGGACUCCCCCCAUAUAUACAUUUUUCCACUCCAGCAGCGAAUGACUAGUCGCCAGGAGUGGCUUGAUAGAAUUAUACUUAAAUUUGUAAGUUGACCAAGGAUCAAGAAAAAUUACUUGUAUUUGCUGGUAAUUUAUCAUUUCCAGUGUAGCCCCUGUUUAAUUAAUAUUUGCAACGGUCCGUGUAUUAACCCGACUUGGCCGAUUGCUUCUGGCCAUUGCUUCGCCGAUCGCUUGUAUAUGCUCGGCAGGCCAAUCAACGCACAAAAUCGUCUGUUCAUGAGUUUCUAGGCGCUAUGUGCCUGCGCAUAUGAACGGAUUUAUACUU